AUGACGCCCCAGCCGUGCGCCCGUGAGGCCCCGUCGCCCGCGUCCGCGCGUUUCCGCUGGCGCCCUGCGUGUCCGUGCGCUGCGGAGUGGCUGUUGCUCUGCCCGCGUCCGUACGUCCGUGCGUUCGCCGCUGCUCCGCCCGUGUCCGCGUGCCGCCAAGCAGACGCGGCUGUGCCCGGGGCCUUCGUUCGGCUCCACGCGUUACACCUCCGUCUGACUACCUGCACAGCGCCGGCUCCGGCUGCUCCAUGCCUGUGCGGCUCCACCAGCACCCGCACCUGGCCGCCUCCCCGCGCCCACAGAUGCCUAGCCGUGCCUGGUCGCCUUCGCGUUGCCCACGCGCCAGGCUCGCCUCUGCGCCCGCCCGCCGGCUCGUCGUCGCCGCGCCGGGUCCUCGACGCCGCGUCGCCCCCUCCCCGUGCACCCGCACGCCGAAUCCCGUGCCUCGCCGCUCCGGCCGGGUGCUCCGCGCCCGUAGCCGGCUCCGCCUCCCGCCCCUGCGUUCGGGCUCUCCGACGCCGGCCCGCCAUCCCCAUGGCUCCAGUACCCAGCUGCCGCCUCCAACUUGACGGGCCGGCUCCCACGCGCGCCUCCGCGGCCGCCUCCUGCGGGUCCCCGCCGCAGCCGGCCGUCACAGCGCACUUCGGCGACGCCUCGCUCUUCCGAGGGCCAGCUCCUGCGCUGGCCGGCCUAGCUUACCUCGAGGCCGCCUCGCCGCUGGCCGGCCUCGCUCCCCCAUGA